GUCACGGAUCCGGUGUCGGAAAUCUUUGAGGAGUCCGGUCCGCGCAAGCCGAUCCUGUACUUGCUGACUGCGGGCAGCGACCCCACGAGCAGCAUCGACGAAUUGGCGAAGAAGCGGAAGAGGUUCCCGACCGACAAAGUGUCCAUGGGUGAAGGACAGGAGAUCGUCGCCAUGGAAAAGAUGAAGAACGGGUAACCUAGUUUUGCUUUUGCGUAAGGAUUUUUGCAGAGAAAAAUGAUAAAGUGAAAUGUUAUACCUGCAACAUCUCAAAAAUUGCAUGAAAAAGCGAAAUUCAAAUUUUUCUUCUCCUGCAACAGCUUCCUGAACGGCUCGUGGGUGAUUUUGCAGAACUGCCAUCUUGGUAUCGGCUUCAUGUCUCAGCAGGAAGAUAUUUUGGGCAAAACCCCCGAGAUCAGCGAGGACUUCCGGCUCUGGAUCACGUGCGAGAUCACGAAAGCCUUCCCGAUCGGUUUGCUCCAGAUGGCGAUCAAGGUGACGCUAGAACCCCCAGCGGGUCUGAAAGCCGGUCUGUAUCGCACGUACACGACGAUCAUGUCCCAGGAGACGCUAGACAAGAUCGACCACGAAAAGUGGCGCAUUAUCACGUUCGUCCAGGCCUUCCUGCACUCCACCGUGCAGGAACGGCGGAAGUUCGGCGCCAUCGUAUUACAAUGAAAAAUGCCCCCACCCCCGAACUUGAAAGCAUUUGCAUUGCAAACCUUUCCACAUGAAACAUUCGCCCUUUUGCAUCUAUCAGCAUCACAGAUUGGCGACCGUGAAUAGCAAAAACUUGUAUUGCAAAAGAUCCCAGCAAGAGCGGCGUUUGUCAUGCAAGCGAUACAAAACAGAAACAUACCUACACUCUGCAUCAGAAAGAUUCAUACUCCUGUCAUGCAUAACAAAAAGUUUUCAUUUGGAAACUUCGCAUCACACAUUUUUGCAACUUUGGGGGUGGGGGCAAUUUUCCUCGCGAUACAUCGGGUGGUGCAUCCCGUACGAGUACAACAACAGUGAUCUGGAAGCGUAUUACCAUGAAAAGUGCCCCCACCCCCGAACUUGGGAGCAUUUGUAUUGCAAACCUUUGCAAAUGAAACAUUCGCCAUCUUGCAUCUAUCUGCAUCACAGAUUCACAACCGUGAAGAGCAAAAAUCUGUAUUGCAAGAGACUCCAGCAAGAGCGGCGCUUGUCAUGCAAGCGAUGCGAUAUACGCCUCGACCCUGCAUCACAAAGAUUCGUACUCCUUUCAUGCAUGACAAAAAGAUUUCAUUUGGAAACUUCGCAUCACAAACGUUGGGGGUGAGGGCAUUUUUCACUGUCAUAAAGCGUGCCUGAACUUUUUGGAGAAGCACUUGUCUUCCACCGUGACCGUCGGGCAGCCGCUUUCGUGGAACACGAUCCAGUACAUGGUGGCGGAGGUGUAUGCAACGAAAAAACUGUUUCACUGUAAACUUGUGAUGCAGAAAAUGUAUCUGAGAAGUGUUUGUCUUGCUACACAUGCAAGACAAUGGAUUUUUAGCUGUGUUUUCCCUGAGGAAUCUCGCAUGGCAAAUUUUCUCUGUGAUGUACAAUAAACUUGUGAUGCAAAACUUGCAACAUCGUGAAGCACUUUUUUCGUACGAUAAGGUGCAGUACGGGGGCAGGAUCACGGACGAUAUCAACUGUAAAAAUGUCUGGGUCUGGAAGAAUCUAAACUUGUGAUGCGGUCUCUGGACGAUUCGAAAAAGAUUUGUAUUGCAUGACCAGUAAGAGGAGUAGACUUUGUGCUCCGCGGAGAUGGCAUUUGUCAUGCGGAAUAGGCAUGAGGAAGCGCUCUAAAAAUCUGUGAUGCUACGGCAUGCAUCACAGACAUCAUGCGUCAUGGAAAAUGCGCAUGACAAAUCUAGAAAUCUUCCAGACCCAGACAUUUUUACACUUGAUAGACGACCUGGACCGCGAACUCUUCGCGACGUACACACUGAAGUGGUUCAACGAGGUAUUCCGAGUAAAAACAUCCCCACCCCAGAGUUGUCAUGCAAAUUUGCAUGCCAAAAAAGUUUCUCAUGCGAAGCCCCAUGAGAAGCUUUUUCUAGUCGUGUUUUGGGAUUUGUGAUGCUAGAAAUAGCAUGAUAUGCUAGAUCUGUGAUGCUGCUGAACUAGCUCAACAGGAUUACACUACGAGGACAAAUUUGUCAUGCGAGACAACCAAAUUUGGCUGAUUUGUCUAGCAGAUUUUCCACGUUGACUCCGGUCGUGUGGGUACGUUUUUACUCAGGAUACGAGGAGAUUUUCAAGCCGGGCUUCAAGUUCAACCAGUACGUGUCCGAGUUCGACUACAAGGUCCCGGAGGGGUUGGAGAUCUCCACCUACAAGGACUACAUCGACCAGGUGCCCGCGAUCGACUCGCCCAUGAUCUUCGGCCUGCACACGAACGCGGACCUGACCUACCGCCUGAAGGAAGCCAGCGAGAUGCUGACGACCAUUCUGGAAACGCAGCCGAAAGACAGCGGCGGCGGUUCCGGGAAGUCCACCGACGAGAUUGUGAAGGACAUCUGCGCCGACUACCUGGCGAAAAUGCCGCCGGACUUCGUCGAGGAAAUCUUCCGCGCGGCUAUCACGAAGCUGAAGGGCCCGCCGGGCGUGGCGGACAAGGGGUUCGGGGCGCCGCUGAACAUCUUCCUGUUCCAGGAGCUGCAACGGUUGCAGAACAUUAUCGGGAUCGUGCGGCAGAAUCUGCAGGCCCUGAUCAUGGCGAUCGACGGGACGGUGGUCAUGACCCCGGAACUGUUGCAGGACCUGAACUCCUAUCAAAUGCAAAAAUGUCUGGGUCUGGAAAAGUGUAAACUUGCCAUGCAGGUUUUUCAUGACCCGUGAGGUCUGGAAUGCGGGACCUAGCAUGACAGAGUCUGCGAGGUCUCUGCCAUGCCUAUCCUGCAUGAGAAACUCCCUCCAAACUUGGUCGAAAGUGGACAGCUUUUGGCACUCAUGCAACACAGAUUUCUGCAUGAUUCGGAUUUAGUAUGACAAGUUGCAAUCUUGUUCCAGACCCAGACACUUUUGCAAUCCAUAACUCCGUGUUCGACGCCAAGGUGCCGAGUCGCUGGACGCACGAUCCGUCCUAUUGAAAGGAAAAAUCCCCCCUCCCCACAUUGAAAAGGCACGACUUCGAAAAUUUGUGUUGCUGAUUUGAGGUCACAAAUCCUUUUUGUCUUGCAAGAAGACAAGGGCAGGAGCUUUAGCCCCAUUCUGGAAGCGGUUUGUGAUGCUGUUGGGCCUAAAGGGGAGCCGUUUGCCAUGCUAAACAACUAGACACGCCCGCCCCUAUCUAGCCUGGAGAUCUGUCCGCAAUGCCUCUCUGCAAUACAAAGCUGAUUUGUGUACCCAAAUCCAGCAUCAGAAACUUCGUUUUGAUAUGGGGAGGGGGGGUUUUUCCUUUUGAUACGUCCGGGGCCGAGAUCUCGUGGUUGAUGCCCAACAUCGGUGGCUGGUUCACGGGGCUAUUGGACCGACAAAUUUUGCUGAACACCUGGCUGGAGAACGGCCGCCAGUACAUGAAAGCCUACUGGUUGACCGGAUUCACGAACGCGCAAGGUACUAUGUGGCCGCUUGCUUUGAAAGUGUUGCUUAUUUGUGUCCCAACAUCGAGACGAGACUCCUUGUGUGGUCUACGCUCGGUGAUGCUGCAGCCCAUAAUGCAUACUUGUUAUUUCGUUCUGGAUCAUCAUCGUUAUUGUAACUGCUUCUAGGUUUCCUGACUGGCGUCCGGCAAGAGGUGACGCGGCAACACAAAAAAGACCAGUGGGCGUUGGACGAUGUGAUGACGCACACGGAGAUCUUGAUGUACGACGUGGAACGCGUCAAAGACGUUCCCGACGAGGGUCAGAACAUCCACGGUCUUUUCAUGGAGGGCGCUCGCUGGAACCGGCAGGAGGGCAAGAUCGAUGAAUCGGAGCCGAAGAAGCUGUUUAUCCAGGUACCGAGGGAUUAUUAUUAUGUUUACUUUUGGUGCGGCUACUAUAAUGAAUCUUUUUUGCAUCGCUCUCCUGUCCCUCAUCGGCGGCAUAGUUGGUGCAGAUUGGUUUCUACUGAAACGUGUCCAAGUGGAAUAAACUUUUGAUCAAUACCAGAUGCCUGUCAUUUACGUCACCGCUGUCACCGCGAAGGAGCAGAAGCAAAAGCGGGGUGACUACGGCCACCAGACCCCGUAUGAUUGUGCGGUCUACAAAUACCCACGGCGAAACGACAAAUACCUGAUCUUUCGUUUGUUGUUAAAAACGGACACACACAACUCCCACUGGCGUCUGCGCGGCGUGUGCCUUUUGGCGCAGAUUGAGUAAAUCUGAAUCACAUGAGGAUGAUGUGCCGGUCUGCUCAGCGUGAGCACGGUCAUAGACAUUCAUAAACGCGUUACCCAUGAUUAUUUCCGUUUGCUAAAAAUGAGAAUUAGUUGAGUAUUUAGAUGAUCGGGUUGGCACGUUUAUCUUUAGUGGAUUACAGAAGAAAGCUACACGAGAGUGAAACAAGUGCAUGAUGAUGCAAGUCAGUUCUAUCAAGAUUCUCUCCGUUUCGUUUCCAGCACAGAAAAGGGUAAACAAAGGAAGGUGUUUAGCUUCUUGAGCAGGAACAAUAGAAAAGAAAUCGGCAAAUACCAUAAAGUAUAGUUCGUGAACUUUAGCGAAAAAAAGUAUCUAUCAUCUGGAAAAGAAGAAAACCGAAUUCAAAAGUAGUUUGUUGGAUGCACAGUAGAAUCUAUCCAUGUGGAUUUCGUUCGCGUUUCGUCCAGAAAGAAAUUACAAAAAUAAACUGCAUACGAGUGUUGAGGAAACUCAAGAAUUGAAUCGGACUUAGGAAUUUAGUGAGUUGUCACGAAACAACUCUACUUCCUAUGUUUCAUGCUUCUUGACGUUGGUCAAAAUGAUUGAUCCAUCGCCCUGCAUUUGCCUGAGGAAACAGAU